GACCUCGUCAAAUUCACAUCGCCAUCCUCGCACCCUCGCGACCUCACCCUCGCUGCGCCAUCCGCCCGCGCAUACCCCCAGGAAAAAAAGAUAGCCGACCUUAGCCACCGGCACACGACCUCAGCAUGAAGUACUUCCAGCAGACCAUCGACUUUGACUACUCGUGGGAGGAGGUCUCGACGAGCAACUGGCAAAAGUACGGCCCGUGGAACGAGAAGACGCCCCAUGUCAUUGCCGUCGACACCAUCAGUCGCGCCGUCGAUCCCGCCACGGGAAUUCUGCGAACAGAGCGUCUCAUCACCUGCCGACAGUCGACGCCCAAAUGGAUACAAAGCCUCCUCGGUGGCCAAGACACGUCCAUGGUGUAUGAAACGUCCUACGUCGAUCCCGUCGCAAAGAAGCUCACCCUCUGCGCCAUGAACAUGACAUGGUCGGACCUCCUCAACGUACGCGAAACGUGCAUCUACCGCCCUGCCGCCUCAUCGCCCGAUGACAAGACGUCCUUUACCCAGAGGGCUGAGAUCACGGCGCUGUGCGGAGGCUGGCAGAAGAUCAGGAACAGCAUUGAGCAGUUCACCGUCGAGCGCUUCCAGCAGAACGCUGCCAAGGGCAAGGAGGGCUUCGAGAUGGUUCUCGAAAGGGCCCGCCAGGUCUUCCAAGAGCAGAGGGAGAUCCUGAAGCUUCAGCAGGCUCAACAAGACAGCCAGAUCCUGAAGCACGCCAAGAUCUGAGAGCACUGGCGAGAAGAAGAAAAGUGCUGUGUCCUAGUCAGUGCAUCAACUCGCAAGUGCUGCGAGUUUUUCCAUUGACUCCUCCAUCGACCUUGAGUCACCCACGUCCAACUGCCACCCAGUUGUAGAUUUGCUGCCCAUCUCAACUCUCUUCACUCGAAGCUUUCCUCAGCGGUUUCUCGCCCUAGACACGGCGGAGUUUUUUUGUUUUGACAGGUUAUUUUCUUUGUUUAGAUUUGCACGGGCGUUUUGAACAAAAGCAUUCGGAGAGGCGCAGAUACCCUUUCGUCAUGCUUUUGACAGCAUUAGACGCCAUGAAGCAUUUACAGCACGAUAGACAUGAUUGAAUAUAUAGUAUUGUGUGAGAUUUCGGUAUUCGAAUCCAGAUUCGU